AUGGAGGCGCCUGGCGACGAUGAGCUCGAGUGGAUGGCGAUGGAGCAGGGUCAGGCCAUGGAGGACGAAGAGCUUCUCAUGGAUGAAGCGUUCUUUGGUCAGAUCCAGCGGCGGCGGGGCUCCGAUGGGUUUGAGGAGGGCAGGGGAGGGUUUGAGGAUCUGAAUGCCGGCGGCGGCGAGGAUGCGCAGCGCGAUCUGCCAGUGAAGAGAAAGCUCGUGAUUCCCGAUGUGUGCGUGUCGCCGAUCAAAUCAAGGAGAGUCCAAGAUGCUAUAGCGAGAAAGGAAUGCGCGAUUGCCGUGGAAGAGGAAAGUACCAUUGUUCUCGAAGAUUGCCGCGAAGAAAGUUUUUAUGGGGAAGAAAAUUUUCGCGAAGAAUUGGAUCAACACCAUUUCCCGCGAAAGCGUGCGGCGGACAUUGCCGGGGAGCUGAUUUCCAUAACUGGGCCAUCAGGUGAACGAGUCUAUGCCGAAGUUGAUAGAAACUUCUCUCCUCAGCCGGUGCUGCGUGAUAAGAAACAAGACCAGCUUCUCUCGAUGCCCGUCGAGAAAAUGAUUGAACAACUGGAGCUCGAACAGUUCAAACAAGCUUGCGAGCUCGCUGAGAAGGAAAAAGAUCCUAUCGCUGUCUCGGCGGAGAGGAUUGAUCAGCUGUGGGUUGAUAAAUACUCGCCGAAGUCGUUCACCGAGCUUUUGAGCGAUGAACAGAUCAAUCGAGAGGUCUUGAGCUGGUUGAAGCAGUGGGAUCUAUGCGUUUACGGUGUUAAAAGGCACUCUACACCUAAAGAGGUUCUCAAAGCUUUGCAACAACACAAGCUUGGGCCACAACCUUCUGAUAACCAGUUUAAACGAUAUGGGACCCCUAAGCUUAUCAUUUGCAUUUGCAACGACCUUUAUGCUCCUGCCUUACGGCCUUUGCGUCAAAUUGCCCGGAUUCAUAUAUUUUCUCCUCCAAGUCCUCAUAGGAUAGUGACAAGACUAAAUUUCAUUUGCAAGUCAGAAGGUUACAAGGUGGACACACGCGCUCUAGCUGCCCUCGCUGUGCACACUGAAUCAGAUAUUCGCUCGUGUUUAAACACUCUUCAGUUCUUGUUUCGGAACGGACAGUCGCUGAAAGCGCUAGAAGUUGCUUCUCAGGUUAUUGGUAAAAAAGACAUGACCAGCAGCAUGUUCGACAUAUGGCUUGAGGUAAGUUUCUUCCAGUUCAUUUUCUAUCUGCUUAUGCUGUUUUGCUAGACAUUCUGGACUAGAAACAGAACCAGAAUGAAGCAGGCACACGCGGAGUUCAGUCGGGUCCAUGACGUUUAUGCGAACCACGGAGAGUAUGACCUUGGAAUGGAGGGUAUUUUUGAGAACUUCUUGCAUGUGCAUUAUCAUGAUGUAUACCUCCAAAAGACGCUUCAAUGCCUGGAAGUGAUAGGCGCGUCAGAUAUUUUUGGACGAAAAACAGCUUCGCAGCAGCAGUUUUUUCUGAAUGCGUAUCGACCUUCUUUUAAACUUGCUAUUCGCCGUUUGAUUUCGCAGCCUGUUCGGCCUAAGCUUGAGUGGCCGAAAUCAUUUCAGAGAAAUCGUCAAGUCCGUGCAGCAAACACAGAAAUUUUGAAGUCGUGGCUGACUUCAAUGACACCGGCCCUAUCGCGAACCAUUUUGUGCCCCUCUUUGAUCCAGGAUGUUCUUUCUCCUUUGUUAUCGAUUUUGGCUCCCAAGUUGCGGCCCGUUGCUUCUAAUCUCCUUUCUCAGCAAGAACGCGAAGACCUUAAGCAGCUUGUGGAUACAAUGAUAAGUUAUGGACUUCGGUACAAGAAGUCCAAGGCUGACAGUCUCACAGUACAUAAGUUCUCAGGGGAAGCAUUCCUGUUAGAUCCUCCACUGCAUACCUUUAUAACCUUCAAGGAAUACGCCCACAGCCAUGGAGAACUUUCUUCAACCAUUCAACAGAUGCUGAGCCACGAGGUUGAAAUGGAAGCGAUAAAACGCGAAACUGCAAAGCGGUCCUCUAAACCAUUCCAGCAGAAGCCAUCUGUUUCUGCCAACAAUAAUACCAUCGUCAAGUCUACUACCAUUGAAAAGAGAACUAUCGUAUCAGCUUCAGCAUCCACUGGAAAACUCGUGACAACAUCUAAGACCGAAGUUGUCAAGGCAAACACUGUCUUGAAGAAAGCUUCUUUCUUUGACAGGUUUAGAACAGGAAGCACGGAAGGCCACUCCUCCAAACGGGAAGUUUCAACAGCUAAAAGAGAUUCGAGGCCAUUGCUCUUUAAAUUUCACGAGGGAUUUACAAACGCGGUGAAGAAGCCCGUCCUUAUGCGUGAUUUUCUAUGAGCGCGAUGAUCGUGUACUUCUCCUUUUUAGCUGCUGUUUUGUAGCUAUUCUUCGAUUAAUAAUUAUGGACACUCAAAUCCAUUAACUUAAGAGAAUCAAAGCUGAUUUGUUUCGUUCA